UCAAGAAUGGGUGCCACCAACAUAGCCACCGGUGUCACCGCCGUGGAGUGCCAAAAACAAGUGCGCUCAUGGAGGCUUCUCCGUUGUCUCAUCCAUCUCCUCGUUCCAAGUUGCAACGGAACUACUUUCAUUGAAGAAAAAGAAAAUUACGCUAAUAAUAUCCACAACCAUUUCCAUCCAAAACCCGUCUGCACCACUUCAUCCAAUACAAUCACCGGCACCAUGUUCGGCUACCGUCGAGGCAAAGUGAGAUUCUGUAUCCAAACACACUCCAAAUCCACCAUCCCCGUUCUCCUCCUUGAACUCGCAGUUUCCACGAGUAUAUUAGCUAAAGAAAUGCAGGGUGGGAUUUUACGUAUUGCUUUAGAGUGUACAAGUUUUGGAUAUGGUGAUGAUGAGUCACUUAUGUCCACGCCAGUGUGGACUAUGUACUGUAAUGGGAGGAAAGUUGGUUAUGCAGUGAAGCGCAAAAUAUCAAAGGCCGAUAUGCAUGUGCUCAGGCUGAUGGAUUUGGUUGUUGCCGGUGCUGGUGUUAUUAAUGUAAAGGCACUCGAUCAAGAUCAUGACGAUGAACUCAUGUACUUCAGAGCAAAUUUCAAGAGAGUUCGUGGCUCAUCUAAUUCUGAAUCUUAUCAUUUGAUUGAUCCUGAUGGGAAUAUUAAUGGUCGUCAGGAGCUUAGUGUUUUCUUUUUUCGUUCUGGGUCAGCAUAGAUGGCUUCAUUCAUUGAGGUAUUGUAUUUUGCAAGUGGCCUGGCGUGCAGCAUUGGCGACAUAAACUUUGGGAUGUUUUAUUAUAACCCAAUUUUUACACCCUUUUUUGAGCUAUGCCUAAUUAUCUACAUAGCUUUUCUUGGCUCACCACUGUUUAAUUUUUUUUUUUCCCGGAUAAAAUUUAGGCUAGUAAAUCUUAAAGUUUAUGGCUUUGU